CACUCUGGCCCGGUGGGCCGGACGGCAGCCUGGUUCAGCCCGCCUCUGGCACGUGGUGGAGCAUCACGGGACUUCUGCCCAAGGACCCUGAGGCUCACGAGGUGAAGCGCUUCUCUCAGAUGUGGAAGGAAAUGGAUCACAGCCAUCGGAAAGCUCGUCUCGAGACACCUGGAUUGAAGGAGGGAGAAAUGGGAAGCUGUCGGUCUCUGGUCCAGGGUAUGGGGACUCAGCUGGACAGACAACAUGGGUGCGUUUGGACUUCUGAAGACGGCCCAGACCGGCGCUACCCUCCUCCUAACCUGCAGGCCCUGCUUCAGCUUGAUUCUCUGCCUGUCUGGAUCUCAGCUCAUGUACUUUGUCCUGGACAUGGUGGACUUCCUGCAGUGCCAAGACGACCUCCUCCAAUCUUUCUGCCACGCUUUCACUAUUUCUUCCCGCUUUUCCCAACAAAUCCGGGCCUUCUGGAUGCUCGAUCACGGACACAUCAAGGGCUCCAUGGAGUCAUUGCUGAGCCCCAGGGCUGCUGCUCCCUGUCUCUCCUGGCAGCAUCGCUGCAUCAUCACUGUUUGCUGACAAGGAAGCAGCCUCAGUUUGCCUUAAGGUAUCUCCGCCGGACCAGACUCUCAUCAGAGAGCCUUGAGGAUGCUACGCUCUGUACAGAUGCUCUACUUCAAAACAGUUGUGUAUCUGAAGCCUGGGCUCUGCUGAAGAGAAGCCAUGCAAAAAAUGACCACAUGGUCGUGUCCUUCCUCCAGGCGUGUGAUGGAUGUGGUCUGUGUGCCGAGGCUUUACCGUGCCUCCCUGUAGGAUACAAUGGAAGUGAAUGUCUUGCAAUACAGCACAAACAUAAGCACCAAAGGUGUUGAGCUGCAAAAUGACUUUCUUUCCCCUAAAAAUAAAGAGGUAUCGGGGAGAAGCAGGUAUUGAAAAUGGGACGACAAGGUCACAGUUGCCACUGAUGAAGAAAGGUCGGGUCGGUUCAAUUAAUGGGAUGUUAAAUGGUUUCAGAACAAAUACAAGUGUGUUAUAUUUAUUCUUUUUAUAAGACCUGUCGGCAGGAAGUCCACCCUGCCAAACUGCAUCAGGCUCACAGAGUCCACGCAGUGUCCCCAGAGGAACUGGUUCAACUCCUCAGAAAGGCGGCCAUAGAAGUGAGGAAGCCACGUCCUGAGAUAAGGUGCUGUGUUCCUAGAUGUCAUGUGGACAACAGAUCGAUUAUUAUCUUUUUUUCAAGUAAAUGUGUUUCUGCAGUCUGUACAGAGCCGCCCAGAAACACAUUACACACCACUCCAUGUGGUACAUGAAAGACAUCAGCCUUCAUCCACACAUGCACUCCUACACAAGCAAAGCACCUGAAUAAUGUUCAAAUAUGUUCAGUCCCUCAGCAGAUAUUGUCUCUGUUCUUUAUUCCAGUGAGGUGGUGUGGCCAGAGCGAGAACAUUAAACAGCAGAGGGAUGUUUCUAUCAACCCAGGCUCCCCGUCAUCUCACGCCCAGCCCCUCCCCGAUGGACCGGGCAGAAGAAACAGAGCACACGCCACAUGCAGAUGAACCAGGCGAGGGAAAGCCUGGCCAUAAUAAUCAACAUGAGCCACCAGAGCUUCUUCUCCUCGGGAUCGGAGCUCUGAGUCCUGCUUGCCUCUGUUGAGAUGGGACCAUCUGCAUAGGAUCUCCUCUCUCCUACACGGAUGGAGAGAACUAAUGUGGGGAAGAGGAGGAGGAGGAGGAGGAGGAGAAGGCGGAGGAGGAGGAGGGGAAGAAGAAGAAGAAGAGAGCAGAGCGCCUUCAUCCGCCUUGCCAGAUUGCCCUGAGCAGACAUUGACACCAGGUGGCGCCACAGACACGAUUUUAGUUUUCAACUUGAACAAAGACCUUGUGGGAGAGCUGGCGCUUUCAGCCGAGGAGGAAAUGCCCUGCUGUAAAGGAGAAGAAAUCCUUCCUGGUCCCCCAGAUGUGAUGGACCCGAGGAGCUCGGCAUCGUCACCCAGCCAAGAAGAACAACCCGACUGCACCCCCUCACAUGUUUUCAGUGAAGGCCUCUCCGGUGCUUUGUCUGACACCGCGCAGGACCUUCAUCCGAGCCCUCGGUCAGAGGGUCCAGUGGCCAGUAGCUCAAGGGUCUCAGCAGGGGCCGGUCAGCAGGACGCGUCCCUUCUCGCCCCCGUUGGCAGCUCUAUCUUCCCCACACGGCUUCAGAUCUCCAGCAGCUCUCUGACCUCUAGUCCAACCGGCAACAUCACAAGCCCCUCGGCUCCUUCUGGCCCCGCCAACCAAAACGCCCCCAAAGCCCGAUCGAAGACGGACGAACCCUGUGUUCAGAGCACUUUGCUCCAUCAUUGCAAAAUGGCCACAUGGUGUUGAAACGGGAGCCUGAACCCUGCAGAGCUCCCGCCGACCUGCGACCUGCUCCAGAGCCGCCCAUUUUGUAGUAUUCAUCCUUCUGGUUAAGCUCUAGCAGCGUUGGAAACUAUGAUUUGUAUUUUGGAACAUUCAGCUGCAACAGUGUCCAUAUAAACGUCAUACGUCAUGAAAUAAAUAAUUGUCAUUGUCACA